CAACAUCUACCACCGGACGUUCCGCUGAUUUUUACUCUCGUUUCCAAAGGAAAAGGAUAGUGGUCAGAGGAUCGACCAAGGGUUGACCACCUGCCGCGUGACGACCGAUAAGAUUACGGUCGGCUCUCACAGUCAACCAGUGGUCCCCGCGAGCGCCCGCUAUUUAGAGCAUUACCGCCUCGCCGCCGGCAGCGCCCAUCUCUGAUAUCGACAGUCGCGACCAUGUCCUGGCCAAAACUGGGCUCGAAGAAGCCCAAGGAUAUGAAGGAGAGCGGGGUGAUCUCCCGAUCUGCUACCCCCAUACCGUCCCGCACAGUUACACCGAAGCCGCCAGAUGCAUCAGAGUCGAACCUGCGUCAGGGAUUGCUCACUAUCCGCAUAUUCUCAGGACGCGGUCUGAGCCUGCCAUCCGGCACCCCAGUGCCAGACAUCGUGGAGAAGGCACUCGCGUCCCAGCCGCCGCCGAGGGGUGGCAACCGGGAAAGCAUGCAGCGGCGACGCUACUGGUGGCUGCCCUACGUCGUGCUCGAGUUCGACAAGAACGAGGUGCUCAUCGACGCGCUCGGCGGCGACCUUGCGAGCCCGCAGUGGAACUACAAGGCUGAUUUCGACGUAUCACGGACGUCCAACAUCGCCGUGUCCGCGUACCUGCGCACUGCGCAGUGCGUGCCCGGUCAGGGCGACAUGGGCAAUGACCUGUUGAUGGCGAGGGUGGACCUAUCGCCUUCUUUGGACGGACAGCGGUCCGCAGACCAAUGGUAUACCGCUACGGCCGGCAACGGCUCGUUCCACCUCAAAAUCGACUUCAAGCCUGCGCGGCAUGAGUCGCUCACGAUUGAGCAAUUUGACCUGCUCAAGGUUAUUGGGAAGGGCAGCUUCGGGAAGGUCAUGCAGGUCCGGAAGAAGGACACCCAGCGGAUAUACGCACUCAAGACCAUCCGCAAGGCCAACAUCGCGCAACGCCCCGGCGAAAUUACGCACAUCCUCGCGGAGCGCACCGUCUUGGCGCUCGUGAACAACCCGUUUAUCGUGCCACUCAAGUUCUCGUUCCAAUCGCCGGAUAAGUUGUAUCUGGUCAUGUCGUUUGUGAAUGGUGGCGAGUUGUUCUACCACUUGCAGCGGGAAGGCAAGUUCGACGAGCACCGGAGCCGGUUCUACGCGGCCGAGCUGCUCUGUGCGCUCGAGCAUUUGCAUGGCUUCAAUGUUGUCUACCGUGACUUGAAGCCCGAAAACAUUCUGCUUGACUAUACCGGUCAUAUCGCGCUGUGCGACUUCGGUCUCUGCAAGCUGAACAUGUCUGAGUCAGAAAAGACCAACACCUUCUGCGGGACGCCCGAGUACAUCGCGCCCGAGCUCCUCGAGAGCCAGGGAUACACAAAGACGGUCGACUGGUGGACGCUGGGCGUGCUCCUGUACGAGAUGAUGACCGGCUUGCCGCCUUUCUACGACGAGAACGUAAACGUCAUGUAUCAGCGCAUCCUUUCGGACCCGCUGCUGUUCCCGCCAGACAUGUUGCCCGACGCGAAAAGCAUCAUGGUGGCCCUGCUGCAGCGGAAUCCUGACAAGCGUCUCGGUGCCAAUGGUGCAGAGGACAUCAAACGGCAUCCGUUCUUUUCGAAGCAUGUCGACUGGAAUAGACUUAUGGCCAAGAAAAUCACUCCACCGUUCAAGCCCAGCGUGGAGUCUGUCUUGGACACAGCGAACUUCGACUCGGAGUUCACCGGUGAGCAGGCGCAGGACUCGCAUGUCGAUGCCACGCCGCUGUCCGAGACCGUGCAAGACCAAUUCCGCGGCUUCACCUAUAACCCUGGCAACGACUAUCUCAGCGAGAGCGUCAGCUACCCGAGCGUGAUCGGUUGAGGCUAUCCUUGCAAUACGUCUUCUCGCUCCGAAACAGGUGGCUUCGUCGGCCUGGUUAAUAGAUCUCUCGUCACCUCGAAACUUCGCAUCUUGUUGUCGUAUUUAUGUGAUUGGGUCGUCAGCUCUUUGUGCACCGUGUGGGAGCCUUGUCUUGUAUGAUUCGUACGGUUCUUGAUCUGCUGGCUUGACCAUUCACCUGUGUAUCGGAUCUCAGCUGUCUGCAUGGACUUACACAGUGUAGCCUUUAUUUCCCCCUUCUUGUAGCUGGCUCUUGUACAUAUGGUGCAUAAAUGAAGAAUUUUGCUGGACUAAA